AUGUUAAGUGACGCAUCGAUCAUGUCCAUUGCGGCGGUAACUUCUCAACGGCUAAUCUUCUCCGGCGCAUGUCUUACUGAUGAUAUGGUUAUCAAAGAUGUCAUGGAUCAGAGAAAGGUAGUGGAUGGUCCACAAGUUCUGCAUCUUGUAUGUCCAUUACCGCAAUCAAGCCCUACAGAGUUAAGGCAGCGACACACAGCCACUGCAAAUGCACCAUCAUAUCCUACAACAACACCAAACUUAGCAGAGCACACUGCAAGUUCUUCACCUUUGAAUACGAGUUAUCACGAAUGGUAUCAACAUUUUUAUGGUUCAUCUAGUCCUGAACAGUUGGCGCGAUUACAGCAGUAUUCAAACUACUAUGCAGCAUAUAUGAAUCAGUGGCAACAAUACCAAAAUUUUAUGAUGGGUCAGAUGGGAUAUAACCCCGUCCUUUUUGGAGCUUCUGUGACACAGCAAACGCCAACUCCUUCUCCAGGAGCAGGCACAACGGAUAAUGGUCAACAGGCACCUGUAAACGUUGUCCCUAAUCAGGCGAAUGGCAACGUGGGAGCAGGAGAACAGAUGCCAGCAGAAGCGAACCUUGCUCAAGCAGUCCCUGGAGGAAGAGGAGAUGCACUGGAUAUCAUUUAUAAAGUUUUUAGAGUGGUUCUGCUGCUUUCGGCAGUGAUGCUCUACUCAUCGCUUGAACGCUUCCUUGUUGUCCUCACGAUUGCUCUAUUCAUGUUCUUUAUCCAGUUGAGAAGGAAUUACAAUAGACAAGCACGUAUGGCUGAGCCUCCACAGCCGAAUGUUAAUAACAACAAUGCAGGGGAGCAAAAUCAAGAAGGUACAGAUCAGGCUCCUGCUCAACCGGUCACAACACCAUCUAAUAUUCAAGUGUUUUUCGCA